AUGUCCGGGGAAAAGAGGACGAUUCGUAUAGAUGUGGUGGCCAACCAGCCUGUUAAACUGGGACCUGUCUCUGACCCUCCAAACCCAGUUGUUUCCUACAGCGAGGACAUUGCCAGCCGAACCUUGGUUAAGAAUAUGACACUGAGGAUAAUGGAUUUGUAUGGCAACCCAGCGGGGCAGGACCUGGGAGGGAAGGUGAUCAUCACUAUAAAGUCCUCAGAUGGAGAGAGAAACAAAAGCUUCCCUCUUUUUGAAAGAGGAGGAAGAAGCCUUGCAAUUAACUUAGUUGAGGGCAAGGCCCACAUCCCUAGGCUGGCUAUCAGGGAGAAUAGCCCCGGUGACAAUAGCAGCACCUACAUCCUUGUUUUCAAACCUGAAGUGUCUGUCCAUCUCAUAACCCUGACUGCUUUUGAGCUCCCCUUCCUUUUUUACAAUGACUCACAAAACCAGCAAAAAAUGUCUGAACUGACCAGGAAAAAAGAUGAGCUCAGCAGUGCUAUUGAGAAAUAUAACGAAACAUUGCGUACAUACAAGGAGCUCCUUGAUUUGCUGACGGUUAAAAACGAGCUGCGCCAGAGGAAAGUGACAAUCCCUCAUCCCAUAUCUGCACAACAUAUUGAUACACUAAUAAAAAAGAAGACUACUGAAGCAGAAGCAAUUCAGAAAGUGUCCCGACGAGUUUUCUCCGUCCGUGACAACUUUAGGGGACAGGCAGAUGUUUUGGGAAUGGUUGGCCACCUGGCUCUCGUGCAGGAUGAUGCCGCUGCGUGGGUCAUCUCCUGGCACAUCAGAGGUGAUAUGGACUGUGUCAUCACCAAAACAACAAAAACAGCGCGGCGGAUCUCUCAUGACACGCAGGGCAGGCAGCAGGUCAUGGCCCUCGACAGCGUGCUUGUGCCACCAGGAAAAAGGUACGUGGAAGAUGUAUUUUAUUAGUGUUGGCGUCUAACUGACGUGUGAUGAAGAUGUAUGUGUCCUUUUAUUAAAGUCUUUCCUUUUUAAGCCCUUUCCUUCCCAAAGUCUCUCAAAAACAGUAAUUUAGAGCUCUUGUGGCAGCUCCAUUUUGAACAGGCUGCUUGAAAGUCAGCUAGAAUAAUAUCGAACUAUAUCAAUGUAUGCUUUGAACCUUGGGAGUCUGGAAAUACGUUUUUCUCCAAAAUAGCCACAUUUAGUGUACAGUGUAACACUCUGUAAACACAGGUGGUCUCUCACUUUAGUUUGCUAUAAAAAUAAUGGUGACUGUAAUUAUUAGCACAUAUAAGGCUCCAUCCUGCUGCUCUUUGUUGGGGCUGUUUGGACACUAAUGAGAUUUACUUAACGACCAGCUGCUGCAGGUUUUUGCCAGUUUUUGCAAAGCUAGUGAUUUAAGGGCACAUCCCUCUUUUAUAAGAC